AUGCCAGUGAAUACUGUUUACCACAACAACACCUACUCUACUGUUCACCACGUGUUGCAAAUCACUGUAAACAAGAGGUCAGCUCAUGAGUCGGUGGUAGUGGACAGGUAUGAGCGAGCGGUCUAUGGUAUGGACUACAGCGAUAGCGACUGCCAAGUGAUCUCUGAUGAGGAGGACGACUACGAAACAGAUGGUAACGCCGGGAGGUUUACCAUCCGAGACGCGCACCUGUUAUCCGACGACCAGUUGAUCCAAUUGGCCCACAAUUGUCGGUUGGAUUGUCUCCAACCCAUUCAGGGCCUCAUCGACGCCGCCCUUCAGAUGUCACUCAGAGUAGAUCCCCAUCCGAUCAGUCUUUUCAAAAACACGACUAUAUGUCCCAUGAAUCACAAGAAGCGGAAGAGGAGGUUCAAGAUGUCGACAACUAGACCGCCGAAGCAGACAAAGGUGGACCUCCAGAGCGAGUAUGUCUCGGAUGAGCUCUACGCCAUCGAAACCAUUGUAAACGCGAGGCUCGACCCCGAGUCCAGACUCUUGUUUGAGAUCAAGUGGAAGGGCUAUGAAGAGUCUGAAAACACGUGGCAAACGGUCGAUGAUCUCCAGAAUUGUCAUAAAGACUACGAACGCUAUUAUCGCCAACAGUUCGCCGGCAAAGAAGUCAUUGAUUACAACAUCGAAGACUUUGACGCGUUUGCGAAACUACUGUCCAAAACAGCUACCGGUGCGGACGCCCCGGACGUGGCUGUAGUUCUUAAGCUGAAUGGCUUCCGCAUCGAACACUACGAGAGAACAGACACUCAUUUACAGCAAUUGCGGUCUAAUCUGAAGACAUAUGUGACGGCAAUGAAGAUUAUCGCCCAAUCGAUGGACUCGAUUGAGACCAGAAAUCGAGAUCAGUCUUGGCCGCAAAAGAUACUCAUCCAGUAUUUGGUGAAACACCUGAACAUUGAGACCAAUUUCGGUGAUCUCAGAAAGUUCUUAGAGUUUGUUGACAAUCGCAAAGAGUCUGCCAUUCGGCUCAAGGAAUGGGAGGACGAUAUCAACGAUCAACUCAAGGAGAUUGGGUUCACGAGUGACAAGAUAUCGGUCGAGAAUGACGUGGACCUGGAGGUGCCGCCAGAAAUAAAAUAUCUGAACAAAUACCACAAUCAGGGGAGGGUUAAGAUCGACAGGUGUCAUGUGGAACGGGUCCGAUGCAAGUGUCCCAACGACUGUAAGGGCCCGGAGUGUCGGUGCGCUCUCCACAUCUUCGAGGACAUGGGCUUUCAGUCGUCGCACGUGUUGCACGAGUGCAACGACCGGUGCCAGUGCUCAGCCGCAUGUCCUAACCGGAGGCUACAAAAGGGCUUAAUUGGCACCCAAUUAGCGGUAUUCAAGACUGAGUGCAAGGGUUGGGGUGUAAUGAGCCGCCGGGCCAUCCGUAAGGACUCGUUUGUCUUUGAAUACUUGGGCGAAAUCAUUGACUCCGUGGAGACCACCAAACGAGAC